AUGUCGGAGCAGACAGAGGUGAUGGGCGAUUCGCUGUCGUUUCUAAAACAGCCUAUACGCUCCAGAAUGACGUCGACGCACUCUGCCAUAUCGAAUGUACAGCCUGACCACUCGACAACCGCCUCCCCCGAGGACUCCCGCGCUCAACAGCAGCAGAGUAUCGUGAAUAAAUACCGAGGGGUAGUUAUAGAAGAGGUUUCGGUCGAUUUGGACUACGAUGAACGAAUCCGCGCGCCGAGGAUGACGCUACAGCAACUGUUACCUGAUACUACUGAAACACCACCAUCCAGACCCCUAUCCGGGAGUAUUUCGAAUACUUCUGGAACCGAGUCACGUACUGGAUCUUCCGGAUCCCAGGACACGAAAGUGUACUUGCCAGCAAGUUUUGAUCUUCGUCGCAGAUAUUCCACCGAGAACUACUCGCCGAGACAGCAGCCGCAGUUGGCCCAGACGCUUGCGGCCUUGGAAACGAACCGCACAAGCGAUGAGAGGGGAGAGCGGCACCAGCCAGCAAAAUCAGACCCACGUGAGCGCAUGAACGUUAUGGGCCCUUUGAAGCAAAUUAAUGAGCCCAAAACUCCCAAUUACGUUCCUGCUGUGUUAAGGCCGCCUACGAAGGCUAAUUACACCAUGUCAUCCAGCCGCAGCCAGUCAAUAGAGUGCGAGAGCGACGUAGACUCUAAUGAGUUGCAGAGGUUUGUUACCACACUUUCACAGCGUUCUGCCGAGGCUGAUAACGUCGAGCCCACUCAUAAUCAUUGGGUUCCAAACGCUAAAAGGGUUUACUGCGGAGGAUGCAGUGCGAAAUUUUCAAUUUUGGUUCGCAGACAUCACUGCCGUCGUUGCGGCGAGAUUUUCUGCUCGUCAUGUCUGGGAACGCGCGCUGCUUUGAACCUGAUGGCCAAAUUCGAUCUUGUCCACGGCGUGAUGUGCCGAGUGUGUCCUGGGUGCUUCAGUAGUUGGGAGACUUUCCUCAAACGCAAGUACUCAGAUGGUGAUAGCGGAAUAACGUAUGAGGAGGAACCCAUGAUUGCAAACCUGCGGAGCGAAGAGCGUGCAAAAGAAGAAGCCAGAACAAGGAUGAACAGUGUAGGAAUGCCUACUGAUUGGACCUGGAGCUCAUUCUGA